CUCUCAAUUAUUAGAGUAUCUAAUCUUCAUCUCUUCCAAUCAUUCUCCAUUUCUCUUACUGUUCAGUUUUUCUGCUCUCUCUCUACCUCGAUCAUCGGUGCCAUGGCGGCGGAAUGGUUUGUUGGUCCAAUCAUGGACAAGAUCAUCAACGCUUGCUCUGAUUACCUGCAAGAACAAGUCGGAUGGCAGAUGGGCAUCAAGAAGGAGCUGGAAAGCUUGCGAGAGAACCACCCGAAGAUCCAAGCUGUCGUCUUUGCCGCUAACCAAGCACAAAUUAGCGAUCAGAACCACCCUAUCAACAAAUGGAUAUGGCAGCUGCGAGAUGCUAUUGAUGAGGCAAAUGAUGUGCUCGAUGAGUUUGAGUACAUGAAGCAUCAAGAACAGCUGACCACAAACACGGAAGAAACAAAGAAAAGAAAGUUCACGAGCUUCCUAUCUGAAAUUCCUUGUAAAAUUCUCAAAAUUGGCGAGCGUGUUCUCAAAAGAGAUCCCAACUUGAAGCGACUGGAGGAGGCUGUGCAGAAACUUGAUAAAGUUUCGGCUGAUGUUACUACUUUCCUUCGUCUUUUAGACAGCACGAAGCAGGAACAGAAGGAGCAGGAGGUUGAUUUCUACAAAACACGUGAAACAGGAUCCUUGCCUACAAAUGAUCUCAUUGGUAGAGGCGAUGCUAAGGAGUUUGUUAUGCAGUGGUUGAGGAAACCAUCAAACGAGCAUCGGGGAACUGAUUUGUACAGAAACAUUUCUCUUCUAUCUAUAGUGGGCCAUGGUGGUAUGGGGAAGACAACUCUCUUGCAACAUGUUUAUGAAGAUGAAAUGACAAAGGAAUUUUUUGAUCUUAAAAUGUGGGUUUGCGUUUCCAACAACUUCGAUGUGAAAAAAGUCAUUGUAGAUAUGUUAUCAACUCUUAAGAAGGAGAGGCCUCGUUUGGACGAAUCACUUGAUGCACUUCAAAAUAGUCUUAGGACCGAGAUUAUGUCGAAGAAGUUCUUACUUAUUCUGGAUGACAUUUGGGAGGAGGAGAAGAAGCAUGAUAUCAGCAAAUGGGAGAAGGUGCUCGCCCCUCUGGCUUAUGGGAAAAUUGAUAGUGGGAUUUUGGUAACAACUCGAAUGGACUCAGUUGCAACUAUGAUUGCAAAGGUGAUUCAAAAGGAGAAGAAAACGUUUAAAUUACAGGGCUUGGAGGAAGAUCAGUGUUUGCAGCUCCUCAACUUUCAUGCAUUUGCUGAUGUAGAGAAUCCUAAUGAUUAUAAAAGAUUAAGAUUUUGGACGAUACUACAAGAUGCAUGA